UGGCUGCCGGCGCGGGUCACCAGACCAAACACCGGGUCGGCGGCGCUUCCCGGCGGGGUGCCCUCGGCGGCGGGCCAUGGCCAACGUUUCCAAGAAGGUGUCGUGGUCCGGCCGCGACCGGGACGACGAGGAGGCGGCGCCGCUGCUGCGGAGGACGGCGCGGCCCGGCGCGGGGGCGCCGCUGCUGAACGGGGCCGGACCCGCGGCCGCGCGCCAGUCGCCUCGUUCUGCACUUUUCCGAAUCGGACAGAUGAGCAACGUGGAGCUGGACGAUGAGCUUCUAGACCCGGAGAUGGAGCCUCCCCCUCCCUUCCCCAAGGAGAUCCCACACAACGAGAAGCUCCUAUCCCUCAAGUACGAGAGCUUGGACUACGACAACAGCGAGAACCAGCUGUUCCUGGAGGAGGAGAGGCGGAUCAACCACACGGCCUUCCGGACGGUGGAGAUCAAGCGCUGGGUCAUCUGCGCCCUCAUCGGGAUCCUCACGGGCCUCGUGGCCUGCUUCAUCGACAUCGUGGUGGAGAACCUGGCCGGCCUGAAGUACAGGGUCAUCAAGAACAAUAUCGACAAGUUCACCGAGAAGGGUGGGCUGUCCUUCUCCCUCCUGCUGUGGGCCACGCUGAACUCCGCCUUCGUGCUCGUGGGCUCCGUGAUCGUGGCGUUCAUAGAGCCGGUCGCGGCUGGCAGUGGGAUCCCGCAGAUCAAGUGCUUCCUCAACGGGGUGAAGGUCCCCCACGUGGUGCGACUCAAGACGUUGGUGAUCAAAGUGUCUGGCGUGAUUCUGUCCGUGGUAGGAGGACUGGCCGUGGGAAAGGAAGGGCCGAUGAUCCACUCUGGGUCCGUGAUCGCCGCCGGGAUUUCCCAGGGGCGGUCGACGUCGCUGAAGCGAGAUUUCAAGAUCUUUGAGUACUUCCGCAGAGACACAGAGAAGAGGGACUUCGUCUCCGCAGGUGCUGCGGCCGGGGUGUCGGCUGCGUUUGGAGCCCCAGUGGGUGGGGUUCUAUUCAGUCUGGAGGAAGGCGCCUCCUUUUGGAACCAGUUCCUGACGUGGAGGAUCUUCUUCGCUUCCAUGAUCUCCACCUUCACCCUGAACUUCGUGCUGAGCAUUUACCACGGGAACAUGUGGGACCUGUCCAGCCCCGGCCUCAUCAACUUCGGAAGGUUCGACUCGGAGAAAAUGGCGUACACGAUCCACGAGAUCCCCGUCUUCAUCGCCAUGGGCGUGGUGGGUGGUGUUCUCGGGGCUGUGUUCAACGCCUUGAAUUACUGGCUGACGAUGUUUCGAAUCAGGUACAUCCACCGGCCCUGCCUCCAGGUCAUUGAGGCCAUGCUGGUGGCCGCCGUUACGGCCACCGUCGCCUUCGUGCUGAUUUACUCCUCCCGCGACUGCCAGCCCCUGCAGGGGAACUCCAUGUCCUACCCCCUCCAGCUCUUCUGUGCGGACGGCGAGUACAACUCCAUGGCCGCCGCCUUCUUCAACACCCCGGAGAAGAGCGUGGUUAGCCUUUUUCAUGACCCGCCAGGCUCCUACAAUCCGCUGACGCUCGGCCUGUUCACCCUGGUCUACUUCUUCCUGGCCUGCUGGACCUACGGGCUCACCGUAUCUGCCGGGGUCUUCAUCCCCUCGCUGCUCAUCGGGGCCGCCUGGGGCCGGCUCUUCGGCAUCUCCCUGUCCUGCCUCACGGGCGCGGCGAUCUGGGCGGACCCCGGCAAGUACGCCCUGAUGGGAGCCGCCGCCCAGCUUGGUGGGAUCGUGCGAAUGACCCUGAGCCUCACAGUCAUCAUGAUGGAGGCCACCAGCAACGUGACCUACGGCUUCCCCAUCAUGCUGGUGCUCAUGACCGCCAAGAUCGUGGGCGACGUCUUCAUCGAGGGCCUGUACGACAUGCACAUCCAGCUGCAGAGCGUGCCCUUCCUGCACUGGGAGGCCCCGGUCACCUCACACUCACUCACUGCCAGGGAGGUGAUGAGCACACCAGUGACCUGCCUGAGGAGGAGGGAGAAGGUGGGCGUCAUCGUGGACGUGCUCAGCGACACGACGUCCAAUCACAACGGGUUCCCCGUGGUCGAGCACGCAGAUGACACCCAGCCUGCCCGGCUCCAGGGCCUGAUCCUGCGCUCCCAGCUCAUCGUCCUCCUGAAGCACAAGGUGUUUGUGGAGCGCUCCAACAUGGGCCUCGUGCAGCGGCGGCUGAGGCUAAAGGACUUCCGCGACGCCUACCCGCGCUUCCCCCCGAUCCAGUCCAUCCACGUGUCGCAGGACGAGCGCGAGUGCACCAUGGACCUCUCCGAGUUCAUGAACCCCUCCCCCUACACAGUGCCCCAGGAGGCAUCUCUCCCUCGGGUGUUCAAGCUGUUCCGGGCUCUGGGCCUGCGGCACCUGGUGGUGGUGGACAACCGCAAUCAGGUGGUUGGGCUGGUGACCAGGAAGGACCUCGCCAGGUACCGCCUGGGAAAGGGCGGCUUGGAGGAGCUCUCGCUGGCCCAGACGUGAGGCCCGGCCCCGCCCUCAGCGGGCAGCAGCACCCCUGGCCCCUUUAGCCUCCUCCCGGGGUCACUGGUCUCUGCCACAGCCUCGCUUUCCCAGCAGCGUCA